AUGAGGUCGCAAUUAGCCGCCGAAACGAGCGUCCACCAAAAAGCAGACCAAAGCGCUGCAGUGGGACUCGCUAGCGAGACCCGUGCGUCGAGGAUUGAUAACAGCGUUCGAAACCUGCGUUUGAACGUUGCAGACACAGGGGCGGCAUGGGUCGCGGCGCUGGAAUUCGCCAACGCGAUCCGCGCGGUAAAAGCGAGCGAAAGUCUCCGUAUCGUGGAAACAGACGUCUUUGCACCACUGUUACAAGCGUGUGCCUCCAACAGAGAGAACCAAGCGGUAUGUGCCGAUCUUUUGGCGGUAGUAUUCGCAUGCUGUGCCGCGCACCGGGAUCUGGCCCACUUGGCGCGGGACUUUGCGCUUUCAGUGGGCAAAAACCCGACGCAGGACUCCCAGCUACGUGGGAUCUGCGGCACAGUUAAUAUGUCGCCCGAUUACAAGCCCGGGAUUUUCUCAGUGCUUGCAAAACUAGACUUUUUCGACAGUCUGAACACGGAUGUUUUCCAGUCCUUGAAAUUGGGACUGGGUUCGGUUUUGAGAAUGGCAUGGAUUCCCUUGUGGACCCACCUUGACCUGGAAACCGAUCUUUAUAGCGCGGUUUUGAAUCACAAUCUGGUGUUUGCAACCACACAGGAGGACAAACUGGAUUAUUUAAUCGCUUCCUUAGCCCCCGAUCCUUUACAGUGCCACAGCCUACGGGAACGGGAUUCGAAGCCACUCGAGUUUUUCUUGUAUAAGGUCGCUUGUCGCACAUUGACAUGUCUUAAGCAUGUCCCAGAGUCCUUUGGCCAAUAUUGCCAAGAGAUCGUCUCACACUCAAUUGAUAAUGAUUGUUUCCGAAAACUGAACCACAGUGUCGCGUUCAACCUUUCGGUCUUUAUGGAAGUGGUGGACCAUCCAACCUUGAACUUCCUGCAAGAACCUCACUUGACCUCUUUGCUAAACGGUACUCUCCGUCGGAUAAGGGACCUAUGUGACCAAGGUCACAUACAGACAUUGCAUCUAGAGUUAGGAAAAAUGGGGAGUACUCAAAGCCUUCUUGGAAUUUUGAAUAUAUUGCAAUAUAUCCUGGCCCGGUUUCUCCUAAGUGUAGGUAAUUUGAUGCUCAACGCUCAGCACUUCAAUAAUGACAAGAAGAAUUGGGCUCUACUGCAGUCCCCUUAUCAUUUACCACAAUACUUUGAUGACGUUGUUCCAAAAAUAUCACCCGUUUCUAGAUCGGCUUUCAGCUUCGACAACAACCAAUUCGAAUCUGGGCUGCAAGCCACAAAGUUGCCUGCAACUAUCUUUUCCUUACUUGACUCGUUGAACUGCCUUGUUUCAACAAACCAGAGACUAUUGGAGUACUAUGAAAACCGAGGCAUUGAAUUGUCAACCGACAUUAAACAACCCGAUCAAAGCGAUGGAUUGACUAUUAUUGGAAGCAAAUCAAAUUUGGAAACUCUGGAGUUAAUCUACAUUUCGAAUGUUUCCACUUUACUCCUGUCACAACAGUUACUAGACAGUAAUUGUUAUGGAGUAACAGUUGGGAGAUACGAAUCAAGAGUUCAAAGCAAACUUCUCUCAACAAAUACGAAAAGGUGUUUUGAAUCCAUCAUUAUUGCCUUCAAGGGAACCUCACUAUUUCACUUCAUCAAAUUUUCUGCUCGAAUGUCUCUGACUGAACUCUCUUUGCAAAAGGUGUCCAUGCAAGUUUUAAGUCACAUUUUUUUUGACGUCUCAUUUUCGGUUGCUCAGAGUCCUUCUUUGUCAAACAAGCUCACACAGCAGGCACUUUACGAUCAUAUCGUCAUGUGGAAUGAUGGAUCAGACAGUUACCAGCGCUUCUUUUCUGACGUUUUCAAAAUUCCUACCCCCUCUGUAUCAAACGUACAGACUGAGCUACCGGCUCUCCUUGCCUCAGUAUUUCAAGACCAGAGCUCCCCACCAAGCAGGAACGCACCGAUGCUUCCUGGAUCAAAGGCUAGCAGAAAUGUUGACUCCAAGAGAAGUGGCCCAGCUUCUAGAUAUAAUGCACAUGCAACGUCAUUUGUUCCUUCUAGCAAGUCUCGGCAAGGCAACGAAAAUUAUCACGACAGCGAAAACGUAGCGCCAAGGUCAAGAAAUCGUCAGUUGAGCUCGUCAUCUACAGAGUUUCCGCGCAUGAUCAACGGCCCCUCCGAAGAAUUCAGUGUUCAGAAUACCCCAUUUUCAAACGAAAAGCAGCUACCGUUCUGCGAAUUCAACGACAGUGUAACGCCUCUUAGCAGCGCCGUUUCUAACGCUUUUAGCAAUUCUACUACCUGGGAUUCAAAUUGCUUCUCACAGGGGCCGCUCUUAUCUCCAGAUGCCAGUUCCACGGUUGUUAACACAGGAAAAAACUACAUCUUGGGUGGCCACAACCGGGCGACGAACAACAGUAGAGCCCAAUCGGUACAUGUCGACAGGUUCGACUAUGUGCGCCAAUAG